AAUGGAGAUAAAAUGGCCUCCCGAAGACUAGUGUUGUUUUGUGUGUGCGUGUUAUGGUGCGCCUCAGGAUGACUGACAGGGUGAAGUGUUUGGCUUGUGACCAAGUAGUGGCUGACCACCACCAGGCCAUAGAUUGCGAUUCUUGCGGUGGCUGGCAACAUCAAGGAUGUGGAGACACUGAGUUGUCCUGUGGCAUCAAGCUGAGGGUGGAGCCAAAUGAAUUUCCACUGCGCAAGUAUGUAGGAGAAAGCUUGAACCUUACCUGCUCUGUGGACUAUGAGCAAGAUGAGGAGUCCAAGCCUGAAAUAGCCUGGGUCAUCCCUACCAACAAUGAGGGUCGGGUGCACCAAAUGGAGGCCACACACAUGCUGAGGGUGACCAUCACAGACCUGAAGGAGACAGAUGGCGGCAAUUACACUUGCAGCCUCAAGCCGGAUCUCAUGAAGGCCAGCGUCACUGUGGUCAUCCUGCCCCGUGGUCAGAUUUCCCAUUGCUCAUCGAAUAAAUUCAGCUGUGGGACCGGAGCAUGUAUUGCCAUGCGCUACAAGUGUGACGGUCGACCUGACUGUCAGAAUGGCAGGGACGAGCUCCCUUCACUUUGUGGGCCAGACCCAUGUGCCUCAAAGCUCGCUUGUAACUUCAGCCGCUGCCUGGCCCAUGACAUGUGUUGCAAGGAAAGAGACAAGCACUAUCCUGACUGUACCAUAAGCCCUUCAAUUGUAUGUUGCCGGCAGCUGGUGAAUCCUUAUAUCCUGGACCCAGAUCUGCAUUACAAGGACUACAAGCAGAGUCUCCAGCAACAAAGAAAUCAACAACCUGACUCAACAUUGGUUAUGGGUUGUAUAGUGGCAGUGGCAAACCUGGUAACAGUGGCCAUCAUUGUUGGGGUGCGAUAUCACCUGUGGCGAUCAAAUGGCAUUUCAUCGCGGCCACAUUACCGACUCAGUCGACUGCGAUCAGCAACGCUCCGUCCAUUUGGCUGGGGCUCCUCCCUCUCACCUCCAUCAACCACAGACCAGUAUCAGUUAAGGGCAGCUGACACACUCUACUCAAGGAGGAUUCCUAGUCUUCGCUCAGACUUGCUGGCUCCUGAGAUUGUCCAGGAGCAGCGGCAACAGUGCUCACGCCAGCAGCGGCAGUUCAGUGGUGGUGUGGUGCUAUGUCCUCCCUCACAUUCCCAGCCCCCUCAAUACUCCCAGUUGCCAACUAACCCCCAGGGACCACCUCCUUCCUACCACCAAGUUGUGGGAGCACCUCCUCCUCCCUACUGCUCCCGAGAUGAUCUCACCCCAGGGGGCUUGGGUGACAACUCUCCCCUGGCCAUCCUGACACCCCUCCUCCCCUCAAACUUCCAAAACAAUAACAAUGGAGACAUCAAUGGUAAUAACACCACACAUCUCACAGUGGUACACAAUCACAACUCUGACAGUGCAGCAGCUGCCUCCACCUCCCACCAAGCACCACCUCAAGCAAGGAACAAGUAAGACAUCUCUUACUGGUGGUCAUUACUCUUCUGUGAUUGUGGAGUAAUCUUAUUGUUAAUGUUAGUUGGACCUAUGUUGUGACUCAGUGGAACCUGUACGUACAAGUACUAUGCAGCUAACAAAUUACAUAUAGGUGUUUGAUAUGGUUUAUGGAUAGCUAAUUAGGCACACAUUUUAUUGGAUUGCUUCAUUAUAAUGCAGUCUAACAUACUGCAUGUAUCAUACUGUAGUGAAUACAUGGAGUUGUAUCUCCACAUUCUUUUCUAACGAAUGCUGGCUAAUCCAAGGCAGGUUUUGGAAAUAACUGUCCUUCAGAGAGACUGCUUUACAUGCUGUGAGGUUAUAGGGAGCUUUAGGUUUAAGGGUAAUAAUGGAGAAGUGUUAUCAUGAUCAUGUUAUCUGUAAUUGACAUGGCGAGUGCAGGAACUGUGGAAUAUAAAGGUUAAGAAGAGAAUUUGUGGACAGACUCUGAUGUGGCAUAUUGCUGUCAUGACAAACUUGAUUGUCUAACAUUUUUCACCAUUACUUAAGAAAUGUCUUUGGUGUUCAUUGAGGAAAACAAUAAAAAAUAUUAUAUUGGAUUCAGAGUGCAAAUGUGCAUAAUUCAUCAAAUUGUCCUUAUCUUUUUGACAGUGAGGGCUUCCUAAUGGUAAGAUAACACACUUUGUCAAAUUCACCUUUAUGCUAUAUUUUCUUUAGAUAAAUAACUGCAUUCCAAUUUUUAGCUUACUGUAGACAAGUUGUGAGAAUCAUAAAAAAACUAUCUCUUUUAUUCUGUUUAAGCAAACUGUUUCAGUUUACAGAUGAAACACAAAUGUAUGUUACACUUUGCCCCCACAUUUAGAGUGUGUCACAAGCUGCCAGUGUUCAAGGCAGCUUUGUGAUAUUUAAAGAUACAACAGUGGUUCACUUUUUAUAUGUUAUGAAUAACAUGUUUGUGCAGAUGUAUCAUCAGUAUUAUUACUAGAUAACAAAACUGAAGCUUUCUUAGGAAAGAAGUGAGGCAGUUAAUAGAAUAAAAUAUUCUAAUUAUAUUUUUAUGAGUCACAUUGGCAGCUUGAGCUAUGAGGACCAGGAUCUGGUUGUGCCAAACCCCUGAAGUGCUGCUGUUGUUUUUUAUAGAUAGUACAGUAAUCUCUCCAGUAUCCAUCUCAGAUUGUCUCUGGUAGGUCUGGAAGUCUGGAAGACAGAAGAGCACCUUCGAUGCAACUCAAAGUGUGACAGGUCCAGAGAAGAAGGAAGCUGGUGUGGAAGUAUGACAACAUCUGAAUAUUGAUGAGUCUGAUUAUUGAUAUUGAUCAGCCAGAUAUUAGAGGGAUUACUGUACAUAUUUUACAUAUAUAUCAAGUAGCUCAUAUUAUAUUCAUGUACACAUUUGCCCCAAGUAUUUUAAUCUCAUCACUUUGUAUUGGGGUGAAUAUGUAGUCUAAUGCUGUGUAGAUCUUGUUGACCUUGAAAGGAUGAACAUAUGUAGAAUGAAUCACGAUAUUAUUGAGGUUUUGUUUCACUAUGCACAGGAAGCUGCAGGGAAAGCUGGAUGCACAUGUGAUUGCUAGAGUCAUUUGGCUUAUGUUUUGUUAUUUACCUACUCAAAAUCAAUAAGAAUACAACAUGAUUUGUUUUUCUGAGGAACUAGCUUAACAGGAGGAUAUUUUAUGUUGUGCUGCAUUGUCCUGUAUCAAAAGCUUCUGAUGUAUUUGUGGUCCAGACAGAUAAUUAGGCUUCAUCAAGAUACAGUUAGCCAAACUCCAGAACAUUUCUCUGUUGUUUAAGUUGGAUUUGUUAUGUGUGUUUAUGUAUCUGAUUCUCUGCAGCGGACAGUGCAUUUAUCUUUUAGAAUGUAUAGCUUAUUUUAUUUCUCAUGCACUUUGUCAUAUACUCAAUAUUGGUGACAAUUUUCAUCUGGAGAAACCAUUGCUUAUGUACGUACAAAAAGUAUGUGUAUAUAUGUUCAGAACCUGCAAUAAUCAUCACAGCUGUAGUAUAGUGUGUCAGAUUACACAGACUAACUAAUUGUAACUUUUGUUGUUAUCGUUGGUGAGGCAGCUGAGGAACAUCUUAGGUGUGUGUUUGUGCUUCUACAUGUGAACGGGUACAGACAGCUGUUGUGUUCCAGAUUUGAUACAACUGCAUGACAGUUCACAAUGAGCCAUCAGACACUCUUGGACUUAUAUAGCUGAGAUACAAAGUGCACAACAAUACUUCUUGCACUAGAACAACCUCAAACACAGUUAUUAUAAUAGAAGAAUUAGCAAAAAUGUCAUUUGUGAAGUAGCCGAGUGAAAGCAUAUCAUAAGAUGAUUUGGAUAGGCUUUAUAGAGUCAUGUAAAUGAUGGUAACUUUCAUAACGUGUAAGGGAAGAUAAAAAGAAAAUGGGAGAUCAAAGGAAGAAAUGAGACUGCACAAAAAAACUUUGCAGCUAGUUCAUAAGGCUGUUGGUAUUUUGUGGUCCUCUCUUGAAGGAAUUGUCUUUAGGAAGUGUAAGUGAAAGGCACUUGACCCUCAAUCUUAUACUAGGCAAGUUAAAGAAUCAGACACUAGCACAUGACUGCAUCUCUUAAGUGUAUAGUGACAGACAAAAAAUUAAGCCUCAAAUUAGAAACUAUUGUGAUUAGUAAGCAUAAAAGUAGCUGGCAGUCUGACUUUAGGGUUGUGUACUGAGCAGAUUAGGGAAUCUGGCUCAGAUUUAACUUUAGCCCAGGACUGUGCAUCUUUCUCUCGUAGUGACUGUGUGCAGUGUGAUUUGACUCAGUGUCCUGCAUCCCACUCCUCAGCCAGCCCUUACUCAUACAAAGCUCAAAUGCAGUUGUUGACUUGCUUCAGUGUUCAUGAGUGUGUUAAGACUUAAAUUGCGCACCUCGUACUUUGCUUUGCGCCUUUCCAUGCGAGCAUAAUUCAUCCCUGUGUUGUGUGUGUUGGAGUAAUGAGUGGGUUCUUAGGUAUUAAAUGUUCUCAUAGCUUAGGUGUUUAGGAGGAUGGAAUGGGGAAUUGUAAUGCAUGUUUAUUCUUGUCAUUUUAUACCCUCGUUCAGAGUAUCCCUUCACAGGUGAUCCAAGACUUGGACUGUAUGUAGUGGUAAAGGCUGGUCCAGUGUCACUGAAAUUCAUUGUCGUCAAACCUGUGCAAUUCUGUGCCAAAUACGUGAUAAUUUUCAACAUUUUUUGUAAUGUUGCAUGAAUUAAUAGUGCCAAGUGUGAGGCAUUUUGUUGUCAAAUAUUUUUGUUUUAUAUAUUGUUAAAUACAUAAAAUUGACAAAA